AUGAGUGUGUGUGAGACUGUGUCUGAGAGAGUUCCUCUCUGUGCACAACCCCUGAGCCCUUAUUACUGCUGGUGUCUAAACGCCGUGAUCCACUGGUGUCUAAACGCCGUGAUCCACUGCUGUCUAAACGCCGUGAUCCACUGCUGUCUAAACGCCGUGAUCCACUGGUGUCUAAACGCCGUGAUCCGCUGGUGUCUAAACGCCGUGAUCCGCUGGUGUCUAAACGCCGUGAUCCACUGGUGUCUAAACGCCGUGAUCCACUGGUGUCUAAACGCCGUGAUCCGCUGGUGUCUAAACGCCGUGAUCCACUGGUGUCUAAACGCCGUGAUCCACUGGUGUCUAAACGCCGUGAUCCGCUGGUGUCUAAACGCCGUGAUCCGCUGGUGUCUAAACGCCGUGAUCCGCUGGUGUCUAAACGCCGUGAUCCACUGGUGUCUAAACGCCGUGAUCCGCUGGUGUCUAAACGCCGUGAUCCGCUGGUGUCUAAACGCCGUGAUCCACUGGUGUCUAAACGCCGUGAUCCGCUGGUGUCUAAACGCCGUGAUCCGCUGGUGUCUAAACGCCGUGAUCCACUGGUGUCUAAACGCCGUGAUCCGCUGGUGUCUAAACGCCGUGAUCCGCUGGUGUCUAAACGGCGUGAUCCGCUGGUGUCUAAACGCCGUGAUCCACUGGUGUCUAAACGCCGUGAUCCACUGGUGUCUAAACGCCGUGAUCCGCUGGUGUCUAAACGCCGUGAUCCGCUGGUGUCUAAACGCCGUGAUCCACUGGUGUCUAAACGCCGUGAUCCGCUGGUGUCUAAACGGCGUGAUCCGCUGGUGUCUAAACGCCGUGAUCCACUGGUGUCUAAACGCCGUGAUCCACUGGUGUCUAAACGCCGUGAUCCGCUGGUGUAAACGCCGUGAUCCACUGGUGUCUAAACGCCGUGAUCCACUGGUGUCUAAACGCCGUGAUCCACACUGGUGUCUAAACGGCGUGAUCCACUGGUGUCUAAACGCCGUGAUCCACUGGUGUCUGAACGCCGUGAUCCACUGGUGUCUAAACGCCGUGAUCCACUGGUGUCUAAACGCUGGUGUCUAA